UAGUUAACACAGUGCAGGUGGCGUACAUCCUGAUCAUUUGACAACAUUCACCGUGUUUUCGUAUAGAAAACAAUCAUGUAAUAUACUCUCAGAGCGAGCACCGUGUCCAUUAAAGAAAAGACUUGUCUCUGGCCGAAGUAGACUAUUUACUGGAGACAUUUAGGUCAACAGAAGGAAAACACGAAAGCGCUUAUUUGCUAAUGGACGUAUUAUUGUGCGUUUUCGUUGUGCCGUCGUAUUGCUAUUCUGCUUCGGUAUGGACAUAUAGCUAACGUGGAGCUCCUGUAAGACCCCGUCGACUUGUUCCAUGGUUAGUAGCGUGUCCGUGCUCCGAGAGGGAAGUGAAGCUCGCACGCCCAGCAGGCCUCACCGUGUUCGGGCUUUCCACUCUGAGACACCAGCAGUGCUGUUGGGUCACUCCGCUAACAAGUCAGUUCACAUAAGAGUUGACACAGCACACACGUUACGAUGAGUUUCUUUAGUUUUGGACAGAGUGCAGAAAUUGAUGUGGUCCUGAGUGACGCUGAAACGAGGAAGAAGGCUGAACACAAGACUGAGGAUGGAAAGAAAGACAAAUACUUUCUUUUCUAUGAUGGCGAGACUGUGAGUGGAAAGGUGAACGUCACCCUAAAGAACCCCGGGAAGAGGCUGGAGCACCAGGGGAUCAAAAUUGAAUUUGUUGGCCAAAUAGAGCUGUACUACGACAGAGGAAACCAUCAUGAGUUUGUUUCCCUGGUGAAAGAUCUCGCGAGGCCGGGGGAAAUAACUCAGUCGCAGACCUUUGACUUUGAGUUCACUCACGUUGAAAAACCUUACGAGUCCUACACAGGCCAGAACGUCAAGCUAAGAUAUUUCCUCCGGGCCACGGUGAUCAGAAGACUAAAUGACAUCAGUAAAGAGAUGGACAUUGUGGUCCACACCUUGAGCACUUAUCCCGAACUCAACUCCUCCAUUAAAAUGGAAGUUGGAAUUGAGGAUUGUCUCCACAUUGAGUUUGAGUACAACAAAUCCAAGUACCAUCUGAAAGAUGUAAUCGUUGGGAAAAUCUAUUUCCUGCUGGUGAGGAUUAAGAUUAAGCACAUGGAGAUUGACAUCAUCAAACGUGAGACAACGGGCACCGGUCCGAGUGUAUACCAUGAAAACGACACCAUCGCCAAGUACGAGAUCAUGGACGGCGCUCCAGUCAGGGGAGAGUCCAUUCCCAUCCGGUUAUUCCUCGCUGGUUAUGACCUGACUCCCACCAUGCGAGACAUCAACAAGAAGUUCUCUGUGCGCUACUACCUGAACCUGGUGCUGAUCGACGAGGAGGAGAGACGCUACUUCAAACAGCAGGAAAUCACACUGUGGAGGAAAGGCGACGUGGUGAGGAAGAGCAUGUCUCAUCAGGCAGCCAUUGCCUCUCAGCGAUUCGAGGGCUCGGCUGCUUCAGAGAGCGCUUUGGAACAGGCGGCAAAGGAGGAAAGCGGGUAGAAGAGAGCCACAGCCCUCCCGUCUCCUCUCACGAGACCCCUCGGCGUCCGCGUCGGAGGUACCCGUCAACUGUACAACAUCUGGUGAAGCAGCGGUUUUCUUUGUAGCCGCUACUGGUGAAGAAGGGAGACCGACAUACAGUAACACAUACAGUAUGUGAACAAUGAAAGAGUUUGCAUGAGGCAUUCAAAGUGGCUUCAGGCUGCUGGUCUUGUCCUCCUUCCUCAUUAAUGCAUUUUUCUUUUCUUUAUGGGAAUCAAAACUAAUCACCUGUCGCGAUGUCCACUGUGUUAAAACCGCUCAUGCGAUUUUCUUAACAUCUUCUGUUAAUGCUUUUUUGGGAUAAAUUAAUUUCUAAUCUCUUAACGCAAUUGAAUUGAUGACAAGAAUGUUCAUUACUGUGUCUCCAACAUUCCACCUUUUAAUGAAUGCAUUCCUAACACUGUUAUAAGGUCAUGAAGUCUCAGAUAACUUUGCACUGCUUUAUCUUGCUGAACACUUUUUUCGUCUUGGUUUUGUGUGUGUUUGCACAAAAGAAAUUAUGGAAGCAGAAACUUUUCCUUUUUGAGCAAGAGGGUUGAAAUAUUAUCCUGCACAUUUGUCAUGUUUUGAUCUGUAAAUAAGACCAGCUAAAACCUUUUGUCCUGUUCCAGCUUGUGUACAUCGGUUAUACAGUACACGGUGCCACAACAUGAUCUCUCAUGCUUUGCCUUGGCGUUCCAGUGGUGUUAGGAAAGGAUGUUUGUAUUAAGGUCUGAUAGUAUGAAGUCCUCUGUAUCCUCUUCAUUAGAGACGUGAAAGUGAAAGUUGUGCCUAACUGUAUCGAGCAAAUGAAGUCCUCCUGCCUCUAUAACAUAAUUUUAGUCUUUUAACCAGAGAAAAAGUUACAUUAGAACUAUCUAUCUUUUGCAAAAUGCUAAUUAAUUAUUCCUUGUCCCCAAAAGUCAAAUAAAUGGAUGCCAAAUGGGAAAA